UUUUUUUCUCUUGACAAAUCUUGACAUUAGAGAAUCGAGAGUUUGACAAAGCAGUCAAACGUGCUUGCAAAAGGGUGAGGUAACACACUCUGUGUCCAGUUUCAAGAGAAAGAACGGCUAGCACUCUGACAGGAUUGUUGUUAUAUGGGAAUGUGGCGGCUAUAUUGGUCAAUUACAGGGGCCACAAUGUUGAUGGCAUGUAUGGUCUACGGGUGCACCUUCUCAGACACUCGAAAUAGGGAAUGUGAGACUGAAAUAAAAAACUUCGACUCGGAUGUGAUCACUGUGACCGAUGAGACUGAGGAAGCUGAGGCGGACUGGUUCAAGAAAUGCGUCCAGUGUUAUUACAGCUUGCAGCCGCCCGAUAAUUGGGACAAAAAAAAAACAAGUAUACAAAGCCUAUGUUCAAGGGAGAGAAAAGAAGUGAUUACUUCAAGAAAGUUGCCAACCGAAUCGAGAAGUUUUUCAUGCGGAAUAAUGACUGGGAAGCAACAAAGGAAAGAUCCAUUUACAAAGAUAAUGGUCGUCUGCUGGCCAUUACGGACGCACGCUACCUGUAUGUCACUCACUUGCUGUUCGAGCUGAGCGAAGAGAGGCUAACAGGGUGUCAAGAGCAGGAUGGCAAGACUAAGGUCCCUGACGAAGUGUGCUUUCCGGCGCCAUACGGCAGUGCGAGCCCAACUUCUGACUACGACGUGGGACUUAUUGGCCCAGAAUCUGGAUCACUCACAGCGAAAUUCAAUGACUAUUUCGAAAAACACAAGGAAGGUGACCAAUUACUGUUCGGCAAGCCGUCGGAGCGAGUCUUCGACACGAAUAUUUACGCGUUUACCCUGGAGUAUGCCAUGCCAGACUUGUACGUAUUCCAAGGAGCGGGAAGCACUGCUUUUCCUAAAGACUUAUUCAACGCUAAUCUUAAGGCCUACUACCAAAUGCAGGAGCUGGCAAGCUCAUAUUUUAAGUUGUACAAAUUCUGGAAACCCUAUUUCGACGAACUAGUGGCCGAUGCUAAGGAAAGUCUACCCGGCUCAGCAAACGCACGUACUGGCCAGAUGGAAAAUGUCGACAAGAAAGGGUUUUUUCAGAAAUGGUUGGAGCUAUAUGAAAAAAAAUAUCAAGAAUGGUCAGAAGAGAACUUUGACAGUAAGGACAAGUUCCGAGCAAAGCAUAACGACUUGUACCAGUCCAUCGUCCAGCAAGCAGAGAAAAACUACAAAACUAAUGAACUCCCGAUGAUCAACAACUAUGUGUCUGAGAUGUCAAUUGCCCUAGUAUUCGCGGCGGAAGCUUAUCACACUAGAGGGACGAUUCGAGUCGUAGUGGGCGUGCUUCAGAUGAAGAAGAACGAAAUCAAAGACCUGUUGACGGUGCUGGACUACUGGGUGUCCAUGGUUGAGAACUGGGCCGAUGCUAACAAGGAAUUCCAGCACUGUGGACCAUCUGACAAAGUCGCAAAAUGUCUGGUAAAGAUGAGCAAAUAUCUUUACCGGACUUUCUACUCCAUAAACGGCUUAGAUACCCUGCUAAGAACAAGUAAAUUGAGCGGUAUCAUCAACACCUUAAAAACACAGACCAAAGGGCUUAUAGAGAAUUUUCCAGGAAAGGAAAAACCAAUAGCCAAGGAACCUCAGGACAUCACCGAGAAGUGGGUCGAGAAAUAUCGCAACAAAGAGGCACAGCCAGACCACAGCAGUGAAAUCAGCCCAUUUCUGAAGCUUUUUCUUUGCACCGAGACCGAAAACGAUCCGCUGAGCCGAAGAUGCAUGGACAAAAUACAGAAACUCAUCUUCGACAUCAGUCAUUUGCUGGCCGUGGCGUCAGGAAGGGGAGCAUCUGAUUUCGACAUUCUUGCAGCUACCAAGACAGGACAACUCAAGCCAAGAAUAUAAUAUAUUUACCAAGAGAGGACAACUCAAGCCACGAAUAUAAUACCUUUACCAGAACAGGACAACUGAAGCCACGAAUAUAAUACCUUUACCAAGACAGGACAACUCAAGCCAAGAAUAUGAUACCUCUGCCAAGACAGGGCAACUCAAGCCACGAAUAUGAUACCUUUAACAGAACAGGACAAUUCAAGCCACAAAUAUAAUACCUUUAACAAGACAGGACAUCUCAAGCCACGAACAUAAUACCUUUACCAAGACAGGAGAACUCCAGCAAAGAAUAUAAUACCUUUACCAAGACAAAGCAACUCCAGCAAAGAAUAUAAUACCUUUACCAAGACAGGACAACUCCAGCAAAGAAUAUAAUACCUUUACCAAGACAGGACAAAUCAAGCCAAGAAUAUAUUAUCUUUACCAGAACAGGACAACUCAAGCCACGAAUAUAAUACCUUUACCAGAACAGGACAACUCAAGCCUACCAAGACAGGACAACUCAAGCCACGAAUAUAAUACCUUUACCAGAACAGGACAAUUCAAGCCACGAAUAUAAUACCUUUAACAAUACAGGGCAACUCAAGCCACACAUAUAAUACCUUUACCAAGACAGGACAACUCCAGCAAAGAAUACCUUUACCAGAACAGGACAAAUCAAGUCAAGAAUAUAAUACCUUUACCAGAACAGGGCAAAUCAAGUCAAGAAUACAAUACCUUUACCAGAACAGGACAAAUCAAGUCAAGAAUAUAAUACCUUUACCAGAACAGGACAAAUCAAGUCAAGAAUAUAAUACCUUUACCAAAACAGGACAACUCAAGCCACGAAUAUAAUACCUUUACCAGAAAAGGACAACUCAA